UUCUCUCUCCCACAAACAAAAGUUACCACAAAUGUCUCCACAAACUCUCCUACUUUCAUUCCUCAUCUUCCCCCUCUUCUUCCCCCUUUCAACACCUGCAACAGACACAUUCAUCUAUGGUGGAUGCUCACAGUCCCACUUCACACUCGGUUCGCCCUAUGAGUCCAACGUAAACUCAGUACUCACUUCCCUAGUCAACUCAGCUGCUUUCGCCUCUUUCAACAACUUCAAAAUCUCUGUCCCAGGCUCCACCCAAUCCGACAUUGUCUACGGCCUGUUCCAAUGCCGUGGUGACCUCACGACAUCCGUCUGCAGAGACUGCGUGGCCCAUGCUGUCAGUCGACUCGGGGUCAUUUGCCCCGGGUCGAGUGGUGGGGCCAUGCAGCUAGACGGAUGUUUUGUGAAAUUUGACAGUUCAGCUUUUUUAGGAGUGGAGGACAAGACUGAGGUGUUUAAGAAGUGUGGGCCCUCAGUUGGGUACAAUUCAGAUAGUUUGGGGCGCAGAGAUGCCGUGUUGGCGUAUAUGGCGGCGAACGGGCAGUAUUUUCGGGUGGGUGGGUCUGGGAGUGUGCAGGGUGUGGGGCAGUGUGUACAAGAUUUGAGUUUGAGUGAGUGUCAAGAUUGUCUUGAAGAGGCGAGUGGACGGUUGAAAUCAGAGUGUGGGACGUCCGCUUGGGGCGAUAUGUACUUGGGGAAAUGUUAUAUGAGAUAUUCGGAACGUGGGUUUCACUCGAGAAGUGAUGAUGAGAAUGAUGACGUGGACAAAACAUUAGCAAUAAUUAUUGGAAUUAUAGCUGGAGUUGCAGUGAUGAUUGUUUUCCUUUCCUGCUUAACCAGACUUUGUGACAGAAAAGAUGGUAAGUAAUUAAAAGGGUACAUCCAUGAAGUGUUACAUGUUUCCUUUAUGAAGAACAUUGUUGAAGGUAGCUAUGGCCAACAAGAUCAAGUUGCUUUGCUUUUUUUUUUUUUUUUUCAUCUUUAUUUUAUGUGGUUCUUUCAUGGUGAUAUAAAGAUACACAUUGGAGCAAGUGAAAGGAGAUUUGAAUUUGAAAUAAGAACAAAAUGAAAAGACCCAUGUAUAUGUAGAAACUGCAAAGAUGCCCUAAUGGUCGGUUUGCUUUUAGUCCCAUCAUUUUCUAAUAUUUUUAAAAAGCAGUUGCUUUGUACAAGAGGAUUUUCUGAUGGUUAUCAAUUGUAUUUAUUCACACGAUUGAAAGGAUUUAUUUAAUA